AACCUUAUUAGAUACAGAGAACAUGGAAGCAGAAAGGGACAUCCCAACCCCUUUACUUGACAAGCGUCCGCAUGGAACAGCUAGUGGGAUGUUUCUCUCUAGCAAGUACAUUAGAAAAUGCUCCUAUCAAGACCAGCCUCAGACCCACACUUUAGAUAUUCUUUACACCACUUCCCUCACUACAUUUCUUUCAGUUCACACUCCUACAAGCAAAGUCUCUAAUCUAUUACUAUAAGGUUAUAACUAGUAAAUGUUGGCUGAAGUGUGCAUUGGUAGCAAUAGAGAGUUCACAUACUAUGGCAAGUAAGAGGAAGAACAAGAACAUGCAAAGAUUCAGGGAUGAACAAAUCAAGUUGCUGGAAAUUAUGUUCGAGGAAGAGUCAAGGCCAGAGUCUCGGAUAAAACAGAAGCUAGCUAAUGAGCUUGGACUACAUCCUCGCCAAGUUGCUACUUGGUUCCAAAAUAGAAGGGCCAGAUUGAAGAAUAAGCAGAUUGAACGAGAGUACAGCUUAUUAAAAGCUAGUUAUGACACUCUAGCUUCCAACUUUGAGUCACUUAAAACAGAGAAUCAGUUAUUACUCCUUCAGUUGCAGACUCUGAAAAAUAUGCUGGAUAAGCAACAUGGAAAAAAUGGAAAGAGUAGUGACAGCAACUCAGUGAAAGGAGAUUCUACCUCUGAAUCAAAAGAGAAGCCCAGCAUUUUAUCAGAAAGUGUCAACCAUAACAUCAACACGUUUAUAGGUGAUGCUAAUUGUGAAGAUGCUGAGUGUACUGAGGAAGAAACUGGCAUGCUGAACAUAGCAGAACCAAUAGAUGGUUCCUUAACAUUAUCAGAAGAUUGGUGCAGUUUUCUUGACCAGUCAAGUGGUAAUUCACAAUGGUGGGAGUUAUAGUUUUGAGCAAUUGCACUACCCCUACAAUUAGAGUAGCAAGAAUAUGUAUGAAAAUAAUUUCCUAGAGAGUAAGGUAAUAUGAUCAGCAUUGCAUUAACACACUCUUUAUUUUUGUA